CAGCCAUUGUGAAAUUCGAUCUUGGCCAGAUUUCGCAAAAUUGCGGUCUUUUGGUUUUGGCUUUUCAAGGCAAACAUUAAUCAUCUGAAUAGCUGUGAGCUGUUGUUCUGAGACUACCGUCUAUCAAAAGACUUUCGUCACUUUCUGUCAGGUAAAUGUAUUGUUAUAAUUUGUUUCACGUUUUUGUUUCGCAUUUUAUGGAAAUUCCAAAUUUGUAUUGACAGUAUUAACUAGGCUUACCUGUAUUUCUGUUAAAUAGCGAUUUCGAUUUAUAGAAUUUAUUCAAUGCCACUACUAUUAAAACGCUGUAGACCUUCCUCAUUGAUCCCGCCCAGGCUUUGUAAAUUACUAAAUUUUCCUCAACAAAUUCUGGGCUCCGCACGUGUGGCCAUCUUAACCAAAUUUAAAUAAAUUACGCUUAAGUUACGAAUAAUUAAAGUAUAUAUAUUAUAAUAAUUACGCUAGCAUGAAGUCGAGGCUUCAACCAUAUAUGGCUUUCAACCUCCUAUAUCUAUGCUUUCAACAAAGAAAACCAGAGGAAAGAGCCUGGGAACGAGGUUGCAAAGAAAACAUGGCUGUUCUUUUAUAAGAGGAAACUAUAUAUAAAAGCAUUAUAAAGAAGUGGGUUUUUUUACUAUUUUUAAGGUUUGUAGAGAGUGUAUUAUAGAGCGUUAAGUAACAAGUGUUUGUAUUCGAAUAUGUGUUGUGAUAGAAGUCUCAAAAAUGUGUUUAAAUAUGUAACAUUUGUGCAGCAAAAAGUAUCGCUGUAUCGUACUAUUCGUGUAUUAUAAAUGUCAUGAUAAUAAAAACUCUGUCUGAAUUGUGACAGUUACAUGGAAAGGUAGAAAAAAACAAGUUCUGCAAGCGACGUAGCAAAUUGUUUUAUACUUUUAUUAAACACACAAUAGUACUUGUAUUGAAAAUCAGGACAUCCUCACAUCCAUACUCAUCGUAUUAUUAUAAGCAACACCAUGUGUCCAUGCAUGCAGGAUGUAUGAUGUAUAAAUAACUUAAAAGAUCAACAUGCCACAUUGGAUGAGAUUUUAAUAAUUUAAUAGUAAGUUCUGGUGUGUGGGUGACAUUACAUUCUAAAUUGGGCUAUUUUAUUUAAUCCCCCCCACCCCCCGUCGAGGAUCCCUGGAAUUCUUCAGGGGUAAAGGAUUUUGAGCUUGAAAUUCUUCAAGGGUAAAGGAUUUUCAGCUUGGAAUUCUUCAGGGGUAAAGGAUUUUGAGCUUGGAAUUCUUCAGGGGGUAAAGGGUUUUGAGCUUGGAAUUCUUCAAGGGUAAAGGGUUUUCAGCUUGGAAUUCUUCAAGGGUAAAGGGUUUUGAGCAUCUACACAGCUGGAUGUUUAGUAUGGUUUGUACAUUUCCGCUCACAUCUAUCUUAACACCAUCUGUUUGUCUAACAUCCAUUGUUCUUUUGUCUAACAUCUAUUGUCUCUUCCUAUUUUCCCUCUCAUCAUGCAUUUCUUUAAUAGUCUGUCCUUAAUAGUCUGUCAUUGUUGGUCUGCUUAUUUAUAUAUUAGUGUAAAUAACGCAUUGUAUGAUCCAAUCAGCAAUAAUGAAACUAACUGCGAGGAGCUUACACAAAACUUAGCUUUUGUUUCUUGUAAAAAUGACACAACGAGUAAAUUUGUUUAGUUGACUUUUGUGCAAUGAUACAGUCAAAUGGCAUGGAUUUUUGUCAAGAAUAAAAGUCAAGGUAAUAAGGUAUAAGACAGGCAGCAUUUUGAUGGUGGUUAGUCCCCAAAAAAGUAUUAAAAAUGUUAUUAAUGAGAAUUAAUAACUCUGAAUAUGCUACAGGCAAGCAAUUGCAUUCGGUAAUUUUGUUAUGUAAGCACGGUUGGGUAGGUGUAGUUGUCAUUAAAAUACACGCAGUACAUUAUUAUUGUCUUGGAAAAGCUUUCCAUUUUGAGAUACAUUGUUUUAAGGUUAUUCAUCAGUUUUGCAUUGUGCACUUUUACUGCACAUAACUAAUAACAAAUUCUAGCUAUUAGCUAAUAUAUGUAGUCGAACUGCAAUGUAAAGUGAUAAAGAAAGAGUAAGGGCAAAGAGAAAAACAAUCUGCAUUGAUUAUGCACGCUUCAGGAAAUAUACCUUCAAAAAUGACAGAACUCUGGCUUGGGCUCCUGUGCAACUAACACUAAACCACAUCAUGUUGCAGCAUGACCCUACUUUUUUAUUUUAUAUUCUUGUUCUUCUAUACGUUUUACAUGUCAUAAAAUAAGAGAAAAAUAAUUUCUACCACUUAUAGUAUUUCACAUUUUUCAUGCAUGCUUCCCAAAAUAACUUGUCUGAGAAGAUGGGAAAAGACAUCUUUGCACCACGACAAUGGUUUUUGAUUGGCUAAAAUACCCUGUUUUGUUGUAGAUAAAUAUGAUCACUAGAUAGACAUUUUUAAUAGAAUCCUUGUUAAAAAAUCCAAUAACAGUUGAGCAAUUGCGAUUGUUCCUGUAACUCGUGAAAGGGUCAAGGACUCAAGAUGGCGCCAUAUGGAGGGAAAGGUGGCAUAUUGCACUUGCCAUAUCUUUGAAACAAGUUAUGGGAAGUUUCAGCAAGUUCUCAUUUCCAGAACAAUUAUAGCCAGCGUGGCCGGCUCUUUUAUAAGUAGAGCCUGCCCGAGAGCCCUAGUCAAAUUGAUGCCGCCCACUUAGUUAAUAUUCCAUAUUAACACCGCCCACUCAAAAUAGUUUUGUAUAAAUUGAUGACUUAAAAUUUUAAUUGUUGCAUAUUUACUAUAGCCUGCGCUACAUGCUUUCAAUAAACUUUUUACAAUAGAUGGAUAGCGAUUCAACUGCCUGGAAAUACAAGCAAAACGUCGGCAUUUCGAGCGAAGGCCCUUAGUAGGCCCAGUAGUAGACGAAGACCGUUCAAAAUUAUAUUAAGCUUUGCACGUGUAUGGCUGUACUACAGUUAUAAAUAUUGCAGUAUUAAAUAUAAUGACUUAGGAAAAGUUUAAAUAGACGCCUUCCCGUGUCAUACUCGUUGGCAGGCAAAUGUACUGUAUUUUAAAAGCUCCAAAGAGAGCUUCGUAUUAUUAUGGUGUAUUAAACACAAUGAGGAAUGUAUUGUUUUAUAUAAUCGUAAUUUGCCAGCCAGCAAAAUAUAAACAAGGCAAGGACAGCCAAGGUUUUAAACUCUAUAUACUAUAGUGACCAUAUGGUAAAAUCAUACGACAUAUGCAGUAAUAGCAGUAUGGCUUGCCGUAUUCUGUUUAGAUACAGGUAUAUGUUAUACAUUUUACACUUUGUCUUUUGAAUUUUAUAUUUUAGCCGACAGGUUUACACUUUAAUAUAGCAAUGCCGUUUGUUUUUACUGUAUUUAUUUUUAAAUAUUUGAAUAAAUUAGCGUAACAUGUCAAUCAAACUGUUGUCAACGUAAAUUCAGCCAAUCACAAUUCUUGGCGGCUGGCUGCCGAGAGUCAUCAAUUUGACUAGGGCUUUCGGGCAGGCUCUCCUUCUAUAGAGCCAGCCACGCUGGCUAGAACAAUUACUGAUGAAUCACCUUAAAUUUUCUUAUUUAAGAGUAAGACACCAGAUAAGACAUACUAAGUGCAAAUCGAAAAAGCUUGAAUUGAUAAUCAGUUCACAAUGCUUAAGCCUUAUUCACAAUAUCAGUCAAAAGGGUGAUGAUUUAUGGUAUAUGAUUUAUCAUCUAUAAUGCAAUUUUAUAAAUUACUUCAACUAGAAAAUGGUGUGUGAAUCAGUAUUGAAACGCUGCUGUAAAAUAAAACUCUUAUCCCCUGCAGUUGUUUCAAAAAGAUUAUAACAUAAAUCUUAAAAAAAUUUGUUUCGACUGACCCUGAAUUAUUUUGCGCCUACAUGUGCAAGAUUUCUGACUUGUCAUGCUUGGUCAGAUAUUUCGCAGAUGUGCAUGUCAAGCAAAAUUCUGAAUGAAUUUAUUUGAUUGAGACUCCAGAAAAACGUGAUGAGUACCGGUGAAAACGUCAGUACAUGUUUCAGUAAAGAAAUUUAGAACACUAAUACCCUUUAACCUUUUGGGUAAAUUUGACCCAAGAAUGACUCUUUUGGGGGUCAUUCUGACUCUUCUGAAAUUACAGUGUGAGAAAUUAAUUAUUUUGUUUUGGCGAACUUUCUUGCCUAAUUUCUUUGUUAAUCUUCACCAAAAUAUUACAUCAGUAUUAUUUUUGUAUUCUUAGCAAAAAACCCCAAAUACUUCAAGAUGAUGCCAUCAGGCGAUCCAGGUUUGCAAAGAGUGCCACAGUUCUCGUACACUCCGGAGAACAUGCAACUUCUUGGCAAGGUAAGCCAUAAGAGAAGAUAUUAUUCUGGUGAAAUUAUGUACUAUAUUUGGUGUUUUACAUUUGACAUGCAUGGUUGAUUGCCUAACCACCCUUAAAUUAUUCCAGGUGUCCAAAACAUUUUGCGAACAAUGCUUACCUCUAUUUGUUAUUAGUAAAUGUCAUAAUCAAAAUGCAGUAAUUUUGAAAGGAUGAAAAGCAGACUCCGCACCCCACUCUAAAUUACCAAAGUUAUGUACUAUAUACAAUGUUGAAAUUAUAUAAAAUUUGUCUACCCUUACAUACUAAGCCCAUAUCACAUCUGCAUUGCAAUUUAGUCCAUCCAUUAAUUAACUUAUUGGUUUUUAUUUGUUUCUUUUUCAUUCAUUUUUUCCUUCCCUCCUUCCUUCCUUCCUUCCUUCCUUCCUACCUUCCUUCCUUUUCUUUCAUUCUUUCUCAUUCAUUUCCUUUCUUUCUUUCUCAUUCAUUUCCUUUCUUUCUCAUUCAUUUCCUUUCUUUCUCAUUCAUUUCCUUUCUUUCUUUCCUUUCUUUCUUUAUGAGUGAGAAAGAAAGAAAGACUUUCUUUAUCAUUUCUUUCUUUUUCAUUUCUUUCUUUCAUUUCUUUCUUUCAUUCCUUUCUUUCAUUCCUUUCUUUCAUUUCUUUCUUUCAUUUCUUUCUUUCAUUUCUUUCUUUCAUUUCUUUCUUUCACUUCUUUCUUUCAUUUCUUUCUUUCAUUUCUUUCUUUCAUUUCUUUCUUUCAUUUCUUUCUUUCUUAAUGGAAUCAAAAAAUUUGAUUCAAAUAAUUCCAUUGUCCAAUACUUUUUCCACCCCUUAAGUGAACGUUUGAUCCUAAUUUGCAGGCCAUUCAAUCAAUGCAAGAGAAAGGCUUGGAAUCAGAUCCUCGUUACAGUACGUUGUUAUCGUUUGCUCGCAAUGCACAACAAAUGCAACAGAUGCCAGGAUUUUCAAACAAUGCUAAUACUAACCUUAUGGGGAACAUGGUGCCAACACCUGGACAGCAAGCAUUGAAUUCUGGCAAUGAAGGAUUCAGUAAUGAGGAGCAUUCUGCCAUGCAAGGGAAUCCAGGAAAGAAUGCAGGUUUUUCUGGCGAUCAAAUAAAUCAAUUACGAAGUCAAAUUAUGGCAUAUAAAUUGCUGUCACGUAAUCAGCCACUCACAGAGCAAAUUAAAAUGACAAUCCAAAGUAAAGGGGCCACUUCUCGAAUGCCAAAUAUACAUCCUUCAACAGCAGAUCGUACAGGUACAGUACAUGUUAUAAUUCAUCUAUUACUUAUUACAAUUAUUAGUAUAGGUAAUUAAUAGUAUGGUUUUUAGUGCAAUUUGGAAGAAACCUGCACGAGUGAGAUUUCCAAAGACGAUCAAAAUUUGCACGAGUCUGAAGGAUGAGUACAAUUUGAAGUCUUUGAAAAACUCACGAGUGUAUGUUUUUCCGGCAUGUUGAUUUGUCCGCCUUGUUUCCAGGCUCUGCUCUUGUUCAGUUGUUAAUCGCACUGCAGUAAUUAGCCAUUUCCCAAAGUCCUGGGUCUAGUCGUGCAAAUCCCAUGUUGGAGGGACAAGAAAUAUGGCAGCACACAUUUAAAUUAAAUGUUUAAUUAAUGUAAAAAAAGAGAUAUUUCAUUUUUGGUCAAAUCCUUAAAAAUCGAUGGUUUAUCGCACACCGCACGUACAAAACAAUUAUGUAAUAAUGCAUGUAAACAAUUAUAAAAUAUUUCAAACAAGCUUUUUUUGUGUCACACAAAAACUGUGCGUUUUAUACCACAUCUUUCUUGUUCUUUAGGCAAGGAUGAUCAUAAUCUCCUACUUUUACUCUCUAUCCAAAAUUUUCUCUAAGGCCCUAGUUAACGAUACCGGAUUCGCAUCGGAGCGACAUUAAAUCAGUUUAAGUUUUACAUUUUCAAGGGGAGUUUAGCACUCAAAAUUAUGAUAGUAUAACAGAAUUAGUCAAAAACGUCAAAUAUGAAAAGUUUUAAGGCCGAAAAGCGUCUUACAGUAGUUGAUGUUGCUCGACUCACUCCGAUGCGAAUCCGGUAUUGUGUAACUGGGCCAAAGUCUCUAAAGGGCAUGUUCAUAUGAGCCCAGUUUGCCAGGAAGCUAAAACCUGAGUGGGAUGAAUUAUAUCUGUGUUCACAUGACUGUUUUUAUUCCAUCUACAACAGUAAUUAAAUAUUCUGCCUUGGUGCGACGACACUACAGUGAAUGUAAACAUGGUCAUGGCGUCUUCAAAAUAUUUUUUGUUGUUAUUCAACAUACUGCAUCUUGUGUUAGGACGUAUAAUUAGGUCUCUUGAUGUUCAUUUUUUUGUUUCUAUUUUUCAACUAUGCUGUUAACUAAAUGCUAUAUUAUAGGUCAAAAUCGCCAAAAAAUGUCCACCUUGGUCAGGUGGGAUAAAGCCUUCGUAUGGAAGAUUUUAUCCUACUUGAUUGAGAUUCCACCUCGCUAGCAAGGUGAAAUCCCACCUAGCCAGAUUGGCUCUUCAACACAAAUUGAAUUUUAUAUGCAUUUGUUAACGGUGCACAGAUCUCACUCAUAUGAGUUUCCGGGUUAGCUGGCAGGGGUGGAAAAAAUAGGCGAGCACUGCUCGCAGGAAAUGUUAAACAGUGAAUGUAGAUUUACUGUCGAAAAUUUGAAGGAAAACUAUAACACCCAUGUCCCACUAUGGGCGCAACAUCAUAUGGUUGACAGACAUUCUAUGAAUUUAAAACCAUGGUCAGCUAGAACACUGUAUGUUUAUGCACAUGCAGGUUUAGCAUAAAAAUACUCCGUUGGUCUGCAGGAAAUGUUUGUCUCCAGGUUGUUCUCCCAGGAAGAAAAUUAUUUUUUCCUGCUCUGUUAGCUGGGCCCAAUCAACAGGCCCUAAGUUUCCAAAUCAAAAGGUCAAUGACUGACCGACUGAUUACUGGCUAGCCUGCAUAGCAGCCGGGGGUUUUUUUUGGGAGGGGGGGACUGUGGGCGGCAAAAAUCAUGCUGCUACGCAGGCUACUGACUGGCUGGCCAACUGACCGACCGACAGACUAAAUAUUCGUAUGUUAUUCACGUUAACUGUGAGGCAACGUGAGAAAAGCAGACCUUCAAAUGUCUACUAUCAGUCCCAACUACAAAACUCUGAAAUAUAGUGUUUUAUCUUUGCAGCGCUACAGGCUCCUCCAGAUAACGCAGCUAAUGAAUCCAGUAACUGGAGUGCUCCAGCAACAAGCACAGCCACACAACCAACGCAAGAGAAAGGCAAAGAGGAGGAACAAAAACCCCAGGCUGCACAAGCAAAUCAAAACACACGUCCAGCCCCACCAAGACCUGCUACAGCCUCUCAGAUCUUGGCCUCGAUACAAAAUCCUGCUCGGUCUAGAUUGGCUCCUGUUGCAAAACCUGCAGGAUUAGAUCCUGUUGCAAUACUGCGCGAGAGAGAAAGCAGGUAAUGUUGAAACGGCUUUGAUCAGUCUUUAUUUUUCGGUUUAUGCAUAUUGUAGACAUCUUUACGCAAGAUGCUCUAACGCCUGUAUUUUAAAAGCUCACUCACACUUACACUCAAAGAGUGGAGACACAUAGUAAGGUACGAGACUAACCCUCCAGGGGCCGGUUGUUCAAAGCACGAUUAGCGCUAAUCCUGGGUUAAAUUUUAACCUGCUGUUUUAGUUAAUGUAUUUCUGGAAAUCUAUUUGUUUCGAUACUUCAGAGAAGAAAGCUCUCAUUGGUCAAGACAAGAUUUCUGAAGAAUAUUUCCAAGUUUAUAACCAAGCUGUCGGGAAGUUUGCUUUCAAUUUUAGGUGUAGGGUUAAGCUAGUCGUCUUUUGAACAACCGGCCCCAGCUAUUCAAAAACAGCACAGACACUCGAGGUAAGCUCAGAUUGAACCUCCACUCUUUGAGUGUGAGUGAACUUUUAAAAUAUAGGCGUACUCUAAUUGGUCUUUGAUACAGUUGUGAAACUUCAAUAUACAAGGAGAAAAUUGUGGAAUUGUUAUUUUAAGAUUGCUUAUUACGAAAGUCACCGAACUGUGGAAUCGCAUCAAAAAUUCGUAUCACCGUCACUCCCACAAACGUCUACGACCGCACCUACAUAUUUUUGAAUGUUUACAAUUCUAAUUUUAAAGAUCCAAUCCGGUUCUUGAUAGCAAUUACAAUUAAACGCCGAUUGGGCCGGAUUGAUUCUGUUUAAAAUUAGAAUUGUAAACAUGCAAAAAUAUGUAGGUGCGGUCGUAGACGUUUGUAGGAGUGGCAACAAUACGAAUUUUUUAUGCGAUUCCGAUAUGAACUUAAAUAAUUUCAGUAUGUUCUGUCCUUUGCAUUGCUAUAUUGUACUUUGUCCUAGGCGUGGUUAGAAAGUGGUUUUGAGAGUUAAAGUGCUUAUAAACCCAAAAUGGGUUCUUGGUGCUUCGAAUAGGGCAUAAAAAAUUAGUUAAUGGUGGCUCAACUUUUUUAUCUGUUAUACAAUAUCUCUGAAAGUAAAGUCUCGAUAGGAAACGGAGAUAUAAGAAUCACCAAAACCCCAUUUUUGGCUAUAAGCACUCUAAGUUUCUUGGAUUCAUCUCCGAAUAUGGAAUCAGACAGGGUAUAUCAACGUACAGGGUAUCUCAAAUCAAAGUAAUUCUGUGUAAUUCUGACAGUCUGUCACUGUAUAACGCGCUGUUGUACGUUGUUCCGAAUUGCAGUCGAAACCGAGUUACUGUCUGUUAGACAGUUAGCUGUGCAAAUCCGAUCCGACUGGAUUCGUUCGGAUUUCGGAACAAAAAUAUACAUAUCGGAUCGGGUUGAUAAAGUUGUUUCGUAGUCGGAUCGGAUCUGAUUGGACUUCGAUAUUCGAAAUAAAAUGAAUUAAUUAUCCACGCAUUAUCGCAAGAAUUAAUUAUCCAUGCAUUUAUUAAAGCAUUAUCGCGGUUGUCGCUGCAUUAUUGUUUGAUACUUCAAUUGGACGUCACUUUGUCAGCUUCUUGACAUGUAUUUCUUGCUUUUAUAUUUAUUUGGUUAAAUAUUUCAACUUGAAUGAGAAAUUUAUUUUAUUAAAGGAUUCUUCGGAUCGGAUCGGAAUUCUUUAUCAAAGCUCGGAUCGGAUUCGGAUUAGACAAUAUCGGAUCGGAUUUUAAACAUUAGCCAAUUGUCGGAUUAUAAACGUCCGAUCCGAUGCACGCCUCUACUGUCUGUACUUAUUAUAUCGUAUAUUUUGUAGAAUUCAGGCUCGUAUAACAUUACGUGUUCACGAAUUGGAAGGACUUCCCUUGAAAUCUUUGGCAGAUGAUCUUCGACUACAAGCUACUAUUGAACUAAAAGCAUUGAGACUUCUAAACUUUCAGAAACAGGUAAUUUAGAAUUUUGAGGGACUUAUUAUUCUUUAGGGUCGUUUUCCACUUUACGGUCGCUUUGUCCCCGUGGGACAAGCAAAACAGUUUGAUAAAUCUAACCACAGGCAGCCCAAAAAUGCGUGUAGAAUACACUAAAUGUCAAUUUAUAAGAAACCUCGCCCCAUUCCUCUGACAUUUGUCGCGUGUCGCAAGCACUCGAUUAAAAUCAUAAACGCUUGGGGCAAGCUUGUUUAUAUAUUGACAUUUGGUGCAUUCUACGUUCAUUUUUGGGCUGUCUAUGAUCUAAAGCGAUCGUAGUGGGCCUUUUAUCAUUGUUUUUAUACAGUAGUUGUAUUAAUGAGCACAAUAAGGAAGGCUGACUGGCUAUUACGCGUUAGUUUAAACCAUGAUAUUUAUGUUUUAGUUGCGUGCUAAUGUGGUGUCAUCAACACGUCAAGACACGACGUUGGAAACGGCGCUCAACUCUAAAGCGUACAAACGAAACAAGAAGCAAUCCUUACGAGAGGCCAGGUAAAUAAUGACAAAAUGAUACAUACACAAUAAUCAAAUCUCUUUCUGCCUUUUCACUGGCUGUUGGCAAUGAUGAUAUAUUUUGCGCGCAUGCGUCAUUCCAUUCAAACUUGAAAUAAGAUCACUUCAAAUGUCAUAGCAACACUUUUCGUGACCUCCACGACGUUCGUGAGAGUUAACUUUUUAUUCGUCCGUCUACAGUUUCCCCUAAACCAAGACUAGGUUUUAAUAACCUAUGUAUUUAUAUACAUACAAACUCAUUACGUCUUCUGACUCAGUCAGCUUCCAAAAAUGGAAGUGGUUCUGCGGCUCGCAAUGUGAAAAGAGUUGCAUCUGAUAGUUCGUUAGUAAUUGAUUCUUUCUAUGUACGUAUAUAGUGUAUUUGUCUAACAUUUAGGGAUCGCAGUAAUUGGCGCAAGCUGUUGCGAUUGCCCUGCCAGUUUUUUGUGUUAACGUUGUUUAAAUCUGGCAAAGUUAAUAAAUUAAAUUAAUUACGAAGCCCUUUAUUAUCGUAGUUCUAAAACAUCUCAAAAUAUUUUGAAAAUUGGCUAGCGUCGUCUUUCGUUACAUUUUUCAGGUUUUCAAAUCAUUAAUCGUCUUCCAUUCAACUGUUGCAAGUGACGUCACAAAAAAUGCGACGUAACAGACAUUUCUUAUGACGUCAACUGCGCAAAACCAAUUUAGCAUUGUCCCAUAGGUCAAUGCAAAUCGUUGGCGAGCCAAUAAAUUUCAUAAAAACAUCACUUGUCCCUUGGGGCAUCGCAUUAAAGGGGCAGUGUCACGGCGCUGAUUGGCUAAAAUAAACGGCGAAAAGAAACGGUUAAAAUUAAUGCUACAUUGUUGGAAAAGAUGCAGCAGCCUUCAAUUUUUAAAACAAAGCAAGGAUGUCCUGCAUAACGAAGGGAUUAUAAAUAGUAUAUCGUAUUUCGCUCCUAACUUGAUUAAUUGUUGGCAGACAGUUAUUCAAGUUCGCGCAUAUUUUGGAUGCGCAGUAGAACCGUGACACUGCCCCUUUAAGUGUUUUUUUCCGCGUUUGACGUCAUUAUAAGAAAGGUCUAUUGUGUGACUUUUACCGUUUUCGGAAUUUGGAGGCAAAUGUUUAAAGUACAUCAAUGCGAUACCUGAAUAGAUCUUACAUGGUAUUUAUACUGUAUCAAAACGAGUCAAACAGAUUUAAUGGCGAUGAUUUGGACAUGAGGAAAUAACUGUUACAACAAACAUGGCAGCUUAACCGUAUAGUACUUUUACAACAAACAUGACAGCUUAACUACAGUAUAUAGAUAGUACUUGUAUCCCUAUAUCAAUCCAAAGAUUCCUACUGUAUUAAUAUACUGGACGUUUGUUAUAUCGUAGGAUUACAGAAAAACUAGAGAAACAACAGAAGAUAGAGCAAGAACGUAAACGAAGAGUAAAACAUCAAGAUUAUUUGACUUCUAUUAUUGCACAUGGUCGAGAGUUUCGAGAAUUUCACCGUGGCAAUUAUUCCAAGAUUAGUAAACUGAACAAAGCUGUGUUAAGUUAUCAUGCUAACAGUGAUAGAGAGAGGAAGAAAGAAGAAGAGAGAUUGGAGAAAGAAAGAAUGAGGAGACUUAUGGUAAGAAAUUAUGGGAACCACUCAGUAUAUCUUUAAAACAAAAAACAUAACUAAAACAUAACAAAAAACAUAAUUAACUAGUGGCGAAGCCAGCCCGAUAAUUUGGUCAUGCUAUGCAAAUAUUUCCGUGUUCAUAGACCGUGAAAACAAUCAAUUUCUAAAGAAAUGAAUAACGAUUUUCACUUAAAAUUUGUAUAGCACGACCAAAUUGUCGGGCUGGCUCCGCCACUGUAAUUAACUAUCGUUACCGAGUUGCCAUUGUUAACGCCAUACAUUACAAUUCAAUUUUUAUUACAAUUCAAUAUCAUUUUACAUGUCAAUUUCAGAAUUUUGUAUUCAGGUUGUUGGCUAGAGUGCCUUCAUGUCCUCUCUCUAUAUAUACAGUAGAUUUAGUAAACAGCUGUGGUCGUGUGGUUGUUAAAAAAGUGGAAUGAUACAACUGUGGAAGUUGUUUUACUCAAGAUACGUCCUUCGAGUUAGAAUUUUAUUUUCGUAGAACAUUCGUUAUGAUUUUGCUAAGUAUGUAUGUCAACUACUCCGGGAAGCGUAAGUAAACGGCUUGGAUGAACAUGAGCGUGUUUUUGGAGCUUGGAGGUGACUGUAAUUAGCAACAGGAAAAUCAUGUAAUAUGAUGAUAUUUGGACGAAAAUGAAAACUUUCAAGUAAAAUCGAAACGGGUGUCAUGAUACACAUACAAACGGGAAAUUGAUGCCCCAAAGGGUAUUGGGCUGUCAAUUUCCCCCGCGUAAUGCAAAAUGACUGAAAAACGGCAAACUUCGCAAGGCUAUAUUAUCCGCAUUUUACAACAUUUCGCAACGAAACUUUGGAAUAUUACUAAUUUUGUGAUGCUCUUUCAAGCUGUGAUGAAAUUGUUGUCUAGACUUGUUUAGAUCAAAAUUUAGUCUAUAAUGCAAUUGUGCGUGGAAGUUAAAAUGCGAACGGGCCUCGUCUGUUCUCUUGUUUGCCUUGAACACUAUUUGUGCUGAUCACACAAGUCAUUUCAUUGUAGGAAGAAGAUGAGGAAGGUUAUCGUAAACUUAUUGAUCAAAAGAAAGAUAAACGUUUGGCUUAUCUCCUUGGACAAACAGAUGAAUACAUCAGUAACUUGACACAACUUGUGAAGAAACAUAGAAUGGAUAUCAAGAGAAAGAAGAGGGAACAUCGUAAAAAACGCCGAGAACUUGAGGGUGAAUUAGGAGAUAUGAUUGAUAAGAUGGAUCCUGAGGAACAUGUGGCUGUGGUCAAUACGGAGACUGGUGAAAUGUUGACUGGAAGUGAUGCACCAACUGCAAGUCAAGUUGAAGAAUGGUUGGCUCAAAAUCUCAAGUAUGUUCGAUCUAGUGUAUUGUCAUAAAUAUACUUUUCGAGUUUUUAAUAGCAUAAUCAUCAUUUGAUAAGAUUGUUUGCAAGCAUAUUUGCCUAAAGAUGGUCGUGAGAACUACUCAGAAGAGGAGAAUGUUGUCGAGUUCAUUUUAUUAAAUGUUCAUAUUUAAUACUGACACGUAAGGGAAAAUCGUCCCGAGCAGGAUUUGCAUUACUCAUUGAGUUAUCAAGAUUAAAUAUAUUUAAUGUUUACAGACGUCUCAACCAAAAUUUAAACAUGCUAUCCAUAUUAUUUUAUUUCUAAGUUAUCAAGUACAGCUCCACUACUGUAUAUAUUUGCUGAAGAAGCUACCCUUAUUUAUCUCUAAGUUAUCAAGUAGCUCCACUACUAUAUAUAUUUACUGAAGAAGCUACCCUUAUUUAUCUCUAAGUUACCAAGUAGCUCCCCGUCAAGAAGACUCUGACAAUGAAGAUGAUGUUGAUGAAGAUGAAGAGGAUGAUGAAGAAGAAGACGAGGCACAGAAGAAAGGUCAUCAAGAUAAAACUGAAGAAGAAAGAAGAAAGGAAGAAUAUGGCGCUGAAGAUGAUAUCGAGUAUGUUCUUUUAGAUUGACUUUUCUUAGCUCCGUCUGAAUGAGAUCAGGACAGAGUAAGAGCAGGACGACGAAAGUCAAAAUCGUAACGCUUUUUUACAUGAAAUCAGGUCGCGAAUCAUGUAGUUUCUUUUUCGUACUUUGGAAAUGCAAUCCACAAAUAAUGUUGUUGAUUUUUACUACAGUUUGAUCAGCGUUGUUUAGGUCUAAGAAUAUUUUGUGUUUACAUUCCUCCCGCUAAUGUUCACGUAAAUACAUGUAGCAACUAGGGACAUUACUAUAACCAAACAAAUCGUCCCUUUCUGACAUUCUCCCGAUCAUGUGUAAACGUGCUGUGUGAAACAUGCGUAGCAAUGCGUCGGUGCUAUAUAUUGUACUUUACUUGUGCUAUAGUGUUAUUUAUCUUCUAUGAUGUAUAGGAGUACGACAAGUAAAGAAAUUGAAAGUAGGAAUUAUUAUAACAUCGCUCAUGAGUUGAAAGAAGAUGUUAAACAACAGCCAAAUAUUCUGGUUGGAGGGACAUUGAAAGAAUAUCAGGUACGUAUGGAUUCAUAGGUGAAGCUCAUCUGAUUGUCGGGCGUAGAUUUUUUCAGGAGGAACACUUCCAAAGGUCGUAGGUUCGAUUCCCACCGUGGCCAGGCAUAUGUUUCAAGCCUGCCCGGUGUGGAUAUACACUCAGAGUAACAUCACACAAGCAUCUUAUUCACCUGAGUACAUUACACCAACACAGCAAAAUAUCACUUUAUAUUCCAUUACACAACAAUCCAGAAAUCAUGUAAAAUGUCAUCAUGCUAAUUUUUUAUGAGGCUGGGACAGACCUUUACAAACUUUUGUUUGUUUCUCCUCUCUCAUACAGGUCAGUGGCUUGGAGUGGCUGGUAUCCUUACACAACAAUAACUUGAACGGAAUCCUUGCAGACGAGAUGGGUCUUGGAAAAACUAUACAAACAAUUGCCUUGUUAUCGUAUUUGAUUGAGAAAAAGAAGAUUAUGGGUCCAUUCUUAGUUAUUGUACCUUUAUCGUAAGUAUCUAUUUUGUAUUAACAAGAUUAUAAAAGGCAUAAUUAUCAAGAUUAUAAAUAGUGCAGAUUAUAAAUAGUGUUUAUUUAUUUGUUUAGCUCCGCCUAUAAUUACACAAUCAAACAACACGUACACCCAACCAUUUCUGUCCGACCCUGGAACGCGAAAACUUCAGCGCAACGUACAUGAUUGCGAAAUUAAACCUAGGAUGGUUUAAUUUUAGAAUCAUACACAUUCAUUUAAUAUACUUGAAUUUUAUGAGCCCAACAUUGGAAAAUAUGGAAAUUGCUUAAAAACUUGGCAUAGACCUAGACAAAACUUAUCGAAACGCAGAAAAUACGCCGGGCCUCCCACGUUUCAAGGUUGGACAAAAAGGUGACAUGCAACAACAUAAAGUUGACAACAACAAAAAGGCGGGGACACCACAACAGCUUAGAACCAAUUACUGUGGGCCCUUGGAUACAGAAAACACAUAACUAUAAGUGACUUACCGUGUCACUGCCCCGAAAUGACAUCACAAGGUAAAACUGAAGAAUAAAUCAGGUUCGUAAUCAAUCUAAAAAGUAAACGUUUCGUUAUUUUUCACUUUCCAGGACAUUAUCUAAUUGGACUUUAGAGUUUGAAAAGUGGUGUCCUUCAAUUAUUUCUAUAUGUUACAAGGUAAGCUCUAACGAAAUGAAUAUAUGAAAUUAUGAUUGUCUGUUUAUAGUCAUUAUGAAUGUAGAAUAAGUACAUGCAGUUUGUUUACUGACAUUUUAGUGGUAGCAUCAACUGACUACAAAUAUCACUGUUAGUAGUACCCACUUCCCCCUGAAAAUGUUUUUUUGCUUUUGUUUUAUGUCUUAAGCCAUUCCCAACAUUGCAACGUCACUCUUGUAACAUUUCAAAUCCGACUAUGAGGACUGGACUAGAUUCCAAGUCCGCGCAAUUUGAUCCUUGAAAUCUAGUCCAGUGCUCACAGUCGGAACUACUUAAAAUGAGGUGAAUUAAUUUUCAUCCAAUCCAAGGACUGAAUUGAUUAAUAUACUUCACCAGGUAUCCAGUGUUGUCAUGUGAGAAAAAUAAAGCAGUAUGGUUGGCUAAUUUACUCAUGAAUUAUUAUUGAGAUGCAGCACACAGAUCGGAUAUUGAUAUACUGUAGGUGGAAUGAAGAGAGUUUAAUUUGUUGUUUUCAGGGCUCACCAAACUGUCGAAGAUCUCUGGCGAAUCAGAUCAGGACUGGAAAGUUUAAUGUUGUUAUGACAACUUAUGAAUACGUCAUGAAAGACAAAGCUGUGUUAGCCAAGGUACUUAAAAUGUGAUGUUCAUUUUACAGUAUUUAAACUACUUUGAAAGUAGAGUUCCAGUUUGGGUAGUGUUGAAAAAGUGACAAAUUUCGACGUUUCGAGUGAAGGCCCUCUUCUGGAAUUUAGUAGUUAAAUUAUCAGUCAGUUAGAUCCUUCAACCAAUGAACAUAAUCAAUGAACAACCAACGACUAACUCUCUGACGAAUGCCUAUCGCUCGAAGCUUCAGAAUUCUAUACACCUGCCUAUUUCAGGCUAACGAGAAACGAUAUUAGAACACAAAGUGGUUCGGAUUCUUAGACCAAAGAUUGAUCAAAGUUCUUGAAAGAGCUUUUUUACCGGCAAACGUGCUCUUUAAUUAGGCUGAAAACCUUGAUUUUUUAAACCUUUACUUGCAUAAGGCUAAAUAUGAAGCCCAUCACUUUAUUUGGCGACGCGGAAUUGUCAUAACUAUAAUAAUAAAGCACGUUCGAGGCUAGGGUCUGCAGGCCUGUGCACUCAAUACUCAAUGUAAAUGACGUUACCAACCGUCAGUAAAAGUGUUUCAUUUUAUUAACACGAGGUAAACGGUUUAACAUAUUGCAAUUAUUGUGUUAAUACUGAGACACAGCACAUAAAGCGAUCUCGAUACUUGAUAGAAAUACAUUGCUUUGAGAUUUCCGAAAUUUUCAGAUUGUCAACCCAUGUUUCAACUGACUCGUCUUUACAAUAUUUCUCAGUAUAUACAACGUUGCUCUACUAUACAUGAGUAAGCGAAAUUAGCAAACAGAAAACUAAUAGCAUAACAAAAAAUUUACUGCUUUUACAUAUUGCUGAGUGCAGAGUUAUAUACUUUUAUUUAAUUAACUGAUAUGUAAAUUAUUGUAGGUGCGGUGGAAGUACAUGAUUAUAGAUGAAGGUCAUCGAAUGAAAAAUCAUCAUUGUAAAUUAACUCAAGUUUUGAAUACAUAUUAUUCAGCUCCACAUCGUUUACUUCUCACUGGUACUCCUUUACAGGUAACAUUUUGGAAUAAAUACAUCACAAUUUUAUCAGAGAGCUUAAUCUGCUGCUACUGUAGGCACGUUUUUAUACACGAACGCCAACCGGAAGUCAAUCGAGCCGGAACUAAAUCAACGAACGUGAAACUACAUUGGCUGCCGUUCUUGAUUUAAUGCAAGAACAACAUACGUCAAACAUAUAAGGCUCCGUCGGUUGCUUGAGCUCUCUAUUUUCUUUGGUGGAAUAUUUUUUAUAAAUCAUAGAUGACGUCAUUAAUUACGUUGGGAAAAUAAGCCAAAAUAUGCAAAAUGCGAUCACGAGUUUAUGUCAUCUUGUAUUCCACACCAUGCGGAAGAAAUACAUUAAAUUUGUACCUUCUCUUUACAGAAUCGUCUUCCUGAGAUGUGGGCUUUACUGAAUUUCUUAUUACCAUCUAUCUUCAAAUCUUGCAAUACAUUUGAUCAGUGGUUUAAUGCUCCUUUUGCCAUGACUGGAGAAAAGGUAGGAUAGUAUCAUAGUCAUAGUGUUUUUAUAUCACUGUGGGGUCCAUAUCUGUAGUUCCACAGCUUUUCAGAAUUUUGACAAAAGUUGAGAAAGUGACCUUCCAGUCUUUGUACAACCGCCCCUUCUUGUUGUGCUGUGCUGUACUGUAUAUCUAAUUUUUCUACUAAUGCUACUAAGGAAUUCACCACAAGUCAAAAUUACAUAUGUCAAGAUUUAAAAUAAAUCUUGUAUGUUUAAAAUAAAUUGUCCUUGAUUCUAAAUUUCAAUAAAGGUGGAGCUGAACGAAGAAGAAACGUUGUUGAUCAUCCGACGUUUGCACAAAGUAAGUUCAAUAUGAACGAUCAAUUUCUAUCGUUCAAUUUCUAUCAUUGCUGAGUAUAUUUAACAAAAUUGUUAAUGAAGACGAAAUGUUAUUAAUCAGAUACACAGACAUUGAUAAAUUGAUAGUUAUUUGUUGAAUUAAAAUCUCUUAUUUAGGUGUUACGUCCAUUUUUGUUACGGCGUUUGAAAAAAGAAGUAGAAUCUCAGCUACCAGAAAAGGUGACGAAACAUAUGACUUUCUUUUUUUUUGAAAAUUAGAUAAUUUAAUAUUGAAUGACGUUUAUAAUGGGUUUAUAUUUAACAAAUAUAAAACAUUUUCCGUGUUGAUAUACAGUUAUAUCAACACGAGUGGAAAUUGGGAAAACGAGAAAUUGUGUGGUGUUUUCACACAAUUUCGAUUUUCGAGUUUUCCCAAUUUCCACGAGUGUUGAUAUAACUGUAUAUCAAUACGGAAAAAAGUGUUAUAUUUGUUUUAUAAUACAGCACCAAGAACUAUAAAGAAAGAAAUUUUCCAACGUUUCCGUGUUGACAUUGAGUUAUAUCAACACGGCUCUUAGCCAGUCAGCGUUCAGAAUUUACAAAUGCUAUAUUAUAAUUUAAAAUCUUUCUAGACUGAGUACGUGAUCAAAUGUGAUAUGUCAGACUUACAGAAACUGCUGUAUCAACAUAUGUACAAAAAAGGAGUGUUAUUGACUGAUGGUUCUGAGAAAGAUAAAAAGGUAAUUUAAUUAAAUGCUCAAAAUUUUCGCCAUUUCGCUCGAUAGAAAAAGGUUAAAGAUUUUUCGUGGAUGGAAAUUUCGAGUGAAAAACGGAGCAGUUGCAAUGGGGCAUGCGCCACGAAAAGAAACCACCUUUGAUACAAUUACAACAAGUCAGCUGACGUUUUCAUUUGAAACCUAAAGUUUUAUGUCUACAGCAAAACAUGUCAACCAAUCACCGAGGUUUUAUGCAGUAGUUUCAGUGAAAUUAGUGUGCUUAAGGCCCAUCUACACGGCAUAUGCACUCGAAUAAAUAGAGAUGUCACAUUUUUAAUUUCGCCGUAAACUGAUGAACAAGAAUAGUGGCGUCAGCAGUCGUUUUCGUACGCCAGAAUGACGAUCGUUUACGACUAGUCAUAUCGUGUAAAUGAGCCUUUAAGCAAGCGACAUUUUUGACAACAUGGACGUCACGCGUAUAUAAUUUAACCGGCAGUUCGUGCUUGAAAUCAAGAAGGCAGUCAAUGCAGUUCCAAACAAGGACGGCUGACGCCAUCUAUAACGGCUCGAUUUACUUCCGGUCGGCGUUUGUGAAUCAAAAUGUCGCCAUCUGAAACGUCGCUUGCUUAAGUUCUCUAUUGUUGGAACGUCACAAAAGCCCAUAGUAAAUGUUGGUUAACACUAUCAAUACUAAAGCAUGCUUUGGUGGAAGAAUGUUAUACCAGUGUUUCAACUUUACUUCAAUCAAAAGUUUUGUCAUUAAUAUUUGAUUACGUCAGACACACCUACUUUUGAUCAAGCAAUCAACCUCCAAUUGUCAUGUUACCGGACAUGAAAUGCCGAACACGUGCAGAUCUUAUACCGUAUUUUCCCUUUCAGGGUCGCGGUGGAGCCAAAACAUUGAUGAAUACAAUCAUGCAGUUAAGAAAAAUUUGUAACCAUCCAUUUGUAUAUCAGCAUAUCGAGGUCAGUGUAAUACGUCAAUAAAUUACUGUAGAUACUGUACAUAAAAAUACUGUAUAUAAAGAUACUGUAUAUAUAUAAUAUAAGAAGCUCCCAAUGAAGAAUAUUGCUGAUGUAAUUAAGGUCACCACUCACCUCUGAGUCAGAUAUCGAUUUCUCCUAUUUGGUGCAUUUCUGUACAUGGUACAUAUAAAUACAGUUGGUUGCUAUACAAAAUCUCGAUUGUUUGUUGUCCCAUGCAGUUUGUGUGCAGUACCAUACAAAUGGCAUGUGAAUAAACAUUUCAAAUUAUACUUGUUCUCUAUGGUUAAAUAUUAAAUAGUUGUUCUUUAUGGGGUUUUUCAGGCUCGGUGAUUAUCGGGGAAUAUUCACCUCGACUUCGUCUCGGCGAAUAUUCCCCGAUAAUCACCUCGCCUUCGGCGAAUAAUUGUUAAAUGUACAUUCACGAUAGGAAUCAAUUGCCGAACAUCUUGGUUUUGCUGGAGGCCUGGUACAGGGGUAUGUAUCACAUGCUUCAUUAACGCUUUUAGUGUUAAUUUUAAUGUAAGUGAAGUCAUUAAGCCUAAAUAUUACAUUACAUUUAUUGAUUGAUUUUUUUAGACCACAGCUAGUUCGAUGUGCAGGAAAAUUUGAACUUCUUGAUCGUAUCAUGAUGAAACUGAUCAGCACAGGCCAUAGGUAUGUUAAAGUUAUAAAGUACAUAUAAUAUGUAACGUGAAGCUUGUCACAUUGAGGUGAUCACAACUUGUUGCUCUGCUUGUUGUGUUAAGUACCCUUUUGAAAAUUUAUUUUAAUCUCUCUGCUUUAGCUUGGAGAUUAGAAAAUUGUGAUUUGCCCAGGACCGCACAGAAUAUUUAAGGACGGACCAUUAGAAAAGUGAAGGCUGAGGGGAACGGGAAAAAAUCCGUAGAGGCAAAAAAAAGCCAGAAGGUGGCAGAAAAAUUAUGUCACAAGACCGGGAAAACCCAAAAAAAAACAUGUACACUAAGUCGACCGUAAAAAUGCAUGCAUGGCAGAAACUCCUCCUUUACUUGUCUAAUAGCCCGUCGCUAAGGUUGUUGCGUGUUCAUGUUUCGGGCGUUGUUCCGUAUGAGCAUCACUUCAUAUACACCUCUUUAGUGCUUACACUGUUAACAUUGUCGUUCUGCAUUAUAGAAAUGUUAUAUAUGCAUCCAAUUUGUUUCUUGGUAAUUUGUUUUGUAUUGUUUUGUUGCUGUUUGUCGAAGUCCGAAAUUUUCACAGCACCCUAUCAAUUUACACGAAACAUGCACAUAUCAAUAGCCAUAGCGUAUUUACUCGUUUAAGCGCCGCAGCACUCUUUAAAUUUUGGUGUUAUGGAUCCGGCGCUUAUUUGAGGGCGGCGCCUGUUCGAGGGCGGUGCUUCUUAUAAAAUAUAUUAUUUGUAAGCGAUAAUAUAAUACAGUACACUAUAUCAUAAAAAAAAAACAAUGAAAUGCUGGAGAAAAACGUUCCAAGUCUUGAGAUUGCAGCUUCGUACCAAAGAUGUUUUCUUUCUGCGGUUGGGCAUCGCAAACAAUUUUUCAAACGGUGCUUCGAUUAAGCGCCGCGUUGUUGUGAAUAAGUGCGGCGCUUAAUCGGGUGGCGCUCAGUCGUGGGCGGCGCUUAAACGAAUAUUGUUAUAAUCUUGUUAUAGAAUUUUGUUGUUUUGUCAAAUGACGUCGCUGAUGACAGUUAUGGAGGAUUAUUUCAAUUAUAAAGGUACACCUCGAUUUUUCAUCAGUGUACGAAUGUACGAUCACGACUCACAGUAGUUUGCGAAUUUCCCCACUUUGUUUUAUCCAUCGCCAUAUUCUUGAUUCAUUCCUGCCUUCCUUGGACGUUCACCUGUCGUAUAUUUCCUGUAUGUUCCAGGUAUAAGAUAUCUGCGUCUGGAUGGAACAACCAAAGCUGAGGAUCGUGGCCAUCUCUUGCAACUGUUUAACGCACCUAAUUCAAUAUAUUCCGUCUUUUUGUUGAGUACCAGAGCAGGAGGCCUGGGAUUGAAUCUCCAAGUUGCCGAUACAGUUGUUAUAUUUGAUAGUGACUGGAAUCCUCACCAGGUAAUAAUUUUGUGGUCUUAAAAUACUAUGAUGAAACAGGGUCAAUCUACGCCGAAUAACUGUUAAAAAAUGACAAAUUUCAGAUACCCUAGAAACUUUACCAGGACCUUGACAAGUAACCCUAUUUGCAAAUUCAGCAAAUUUGUAAAAUGUUUGACCAUAGUGCCUUGAAAUUUGGUGCAAUUUAAACGUAAUGACUCGCAAUGUUCCCGUAUUGACCUUUUCUGGAACGAGAAUUGUAGGGAGCGACGUUUAAUGGUCUGUCUUGAACACUAUUUAUUUUUGCAGUACAUACAAUGUAUCCAGCUUUUUGUGUAUCCUAAACCUAACAGAUCUCUCCAAAUUACUGCGCAGUAUUACUUACAAUAUAUACGCAAUAAAACCAAAUCGGUGGAGGCAACCAAAGCCCCAAUGCUCAAAUCUUCGGCUAAACUCUGUUUUUCAAAUCUUUUGCAAAAAAUCAUAAGAUUUAUCCAAAUGAAAAUCUGUGCUGUAAAAUGUUUGUGAAAGAAACAAUAUAAAACAUUAUUUGGAAAUUGUUAGAUGGUGUUGGGCCAAAAAGGUUGGGUGCGUUUGAGCAAAAUUUCGCCUAUCGUUGGUAUACUGAUUUAACAGAAUAACGAGAACAUUGUUAUCACAGUCAUUAAGGCGUGUCAGUAGUGAGGUUCAGUUUUGACGUCCGCUACCAUUAAGAGACCAUUAACCAAUCAGAUUCGUUUGAUAUAUCCGAUCAACCAAUCAGAUGUGUACUAUACCAGUGAGAGGUAGCUGUAGCUGUAGUCAAAUUUGAACCUCUCUAAUUAUACUUCUGCGACCGUAAUUGUUCAAUUCCUACAAUAAUUAGUUGGCUGGCUUUAAUUUCUCCUCAGUCGCAUGUCCUAUUUCGACUCACGUACCCUGGUGUUCUCCACGUACUGUACUUUGACGACCUCUCGUAGUAAACUAGUAACACUGGACCAGUAUGCAAUGGCGGCGAUGAUCUUAACUGAACUGAUCCUCUAGCGACAAGAGUCAUGAAUUCAAUCUGGUAUAGUUAGAUCACUAUAUAUUUAACUGUGUAACUUAUUUAUUUAUUAUGCUUUGCCAAUUUCACACAAUCAUAUCUGCACAAAUACAAACACAAGAAUAUACAAACUAUCAACCAAUCAAUGGCAGGGUAUACGCCACAGCUUUACGCCAAUUACAGCAGCCCUUACAGAACGAACAUGACACAUUCUACAUUAGAUCUUUAGUAAUAUAAAAAGGCCGGUUUGCACCCAGGAAAACCCUCCGCAGGAUAGGAACGGAAAGGAAAGUUACAUAGUGCUAAAGUCGUUAGUUCCAACGCCGUCCGCUCCUGCGGAAAAUUUUCCUGAGUGGAAAUUAGCCGUCUUAGUGAUCAGCAGGAAUUUGUGUCGGAUUGUUAAACAUUUGUAUUUAUUGUUACUAGGAUCUGCAAGCUCAAGAUCGAGCACAUCGUAUUGGUCAAACCAAUGAAGUUAGAGUUCUUCGUCUGGUCACUGUCAACAGUGUUGAAGAAACAAUUAUAGCUGCUGCUCGAUAUAAACUUAAUAUUGAUGAAAAGGUAUUGUAUGCUGGCUUUUGUUGAAACAAAAGUGUUAUUCAUUGAAUUAUAUUACUUUUGUCGGCGCAAUGUGGGUCAGAUCCACGACUGCUAUUACAGAACCCUAAAAUUGGGGCGAACACGAAAUAUUGGGGUGCCAACAUAUUCCCACAAUUUCUUUCCUUGCAGAUUUCAUUCGUUAAACUCGUAUGGCCAUAUUUUAGUGCACAUUUGCUUUAUCAGUCUUCAUUGUUGUGCUAACAUUGUCCAAGCUUCUUAGUGACUCUGUUGAUCAACUAGUCAAUGUUAAGGGACGCGGUCGUCCCACUUUGCCUCAUAUCAUUUCUCAGCAGCUGAUGAAACAAAAGUUUGACGUGCAAAAUUAUACGUUAAUUCAUGCGUCUUUGUAUAGGUUAUUCAAGCUGGUAUGUUUAAUCAGAACUCAACUUCAGGUGAACGUAGAGCUUUUCUUGAAGCCUUGCUUGAAAAUGACAAGGAUGACGAGGAAGUAAGUUAUUGAGCCUACAUUACUGUUUAUUGCACAAAAACCCUGAUACCUUGUUUCCAUGCAUUUUUUAACCAUGGCAAGCGCACAUACAUGAAGGUUAUAUCCCGCGAUGUUUUCUCCAUGAAUAUGUUUCACUUCAAUCUUGAUUCCGUUAAAUCGUAUAACGAAACUUACCUUGUUGUGUUUAUAAUCACAACAGGAGGAAAAUGAAAUCCCUGAUGACGAGACUGUGAAUCAAAUGAUUGCAAGAAGUAUAGAGGAAUUCGAAAUAUUUCAGGUAAUGAUUUCAUUUUACAGCAAUUCUUGAUUAUCAUUCCCACCAUCAUUGCUUUGACAAAUCUGUUUCCAUUUUUUUGUCGAUUGUUGGUUAAAUGCAUGAUAAGUAAUGAGCAAAGAAAUAAACGAGGCUAGAGAACUGAUCGUUUCUCGUUGUAUACAACGCCUGAACAUUUUUUGCUGACUAAGAACAUAACGUUCGCAUCUGGCUUUAACCUCCUUACAGUUGUGCUAGCCUUACUAAAAUUGUGGGUUUUUUAUGUUUUAGAAAAUGGACUACGACAGGAAAAUUCAGGUAAAUUUCCGGCUCUGUUCUCGAAGAUGGGGAAGAAUGGGGAAGAUGAUAAAUCUAAUUUCAGUCGUUGAUAUUUCAUCCAAUGUGUAAUUCUGUUGUUGUUAAUAUUAGUAAAUUACUAAAGCUUUUUCUUUAUGAACGUGUUCUAGGAACAAAAAAAUGGUGGUAAGCCACGCUUGAUGCGAAGUAAUGAACUGCCAAGUUGGAUCAUUAAAGAUGAUGCCGAGGUCAGAGAAUGUAGAUAAUUGCUACAGAAUAUGGAGCUCUUGAAAUAAAGAGGGAGGGGAUCCGUAUGACCCGUUUUCAAUGAUCCCUUGCUUUGAGUUAUUGACCUUGCUUUCAGUGGUUUCAAUGUGUGCAAAUUUUGUAUAUAAUUCUUUAAAUAAUGCAUAUUUGGUCAUGCUGACCCCUCUUUCCAACGUUAUUUUGAGCGCUGUAUUCAUAACUAAUACGUGACUUCUGCUUUAGGUGCCAACAUUGGCUAACAGUUCUGUGUAAUAAUAUAUACAAAUUUGUUUUUAAGUCUAUAUUGAACGUAUCCGCGAAUGAAAGGUUAUUUUAAUAUGUACCUUCCACGAGUUUGAACAACAAAGUUCCUUGGCGCCAUGUCCAAAACGUUUUUGAAAUUAAACUCAAAGUUCUUUCAACGUACUAACCUUGACUCAAAUGGUUGACCGUGUUAAUAUUUUUAAGAAUGAAUCUUAGUCUCUGUAUCUGCCAUGUCACUGCGCAGGUUGAAAGAUUAACAAAUGAAGAUGAAGAGGAGAAAUUAUUUGGUCGUGGCAGUCGACAGAAAAAGACAGUUGAUUAUAGUGAACCAUUAACAGAAAGACAAUGGCUAAAGGUACACCACAUUUUUACCGUUUACUCUCGUUGUAACAAUACAUGUUUAACGUGUUUAUCCCCUUCAGACGAAGCUUUGCACACGAGGUCAACACGUUCACAACAACCUCGUAAAAAGUGAUGAAGAACUCCAAAGUAGUUACAAUAUUUGAAGAUAUAAUACAAAACACUAGCGAUUCGAAACUGAACUGAUUUUAGUAAACUCCAGUAUAGCGUAAAAGGUAUAUUAAGCACUAUUUAAAACACGAGAAAGAGUGUUUUAUCAUAUUUAAAACGCGAGGCGCAGCCGAGCGUUUUAGAUAUGAUAAAACGCGAGUUCGAGUGUUUUGAAUAGCUUAAAAUACGACUACAAAAGAAUACUAAUUAGGAUGAACAAUUAUAGAUAAUCAUACUAAUUAGGAUGAAUAAUUAUAUAAAGAAUACUAAUGAAAAUGAGUUUAUCAGAUAUAAAGUCACUCCACGUGACAUAUUAUGGCUGACUUGAUUUGCCACAAGGUUUAUGAAUUUUUAAUGAGUAUUUUAAUUAAAGUUGACAAAACUACAAGAAAGUCAAUUGGCCUGCAUUAGCUGAAUUGAGCUAACUUUAUGUACUAGAUAGCUUUAUUUUAAAAUUCUAAACUGUAUGCCGUAUAGGUACAGUAAAGGCCGUUCCUUAUUUCUUCAGUGUUAAUACAGGCACCUAGCUGGAAUCCUGCCAUGUUUGAUAUCGGGCACUCCUUAUUCCAUCAUUCUUAUGAUAUCCUACUAAGGCGUAAUUAUAAUGGAAAACACCAACACCCGUUCUUGACUGUCGUACCCUUGUGUUUAUAACGUUAGCUUAACUGUGUUUACUCUUGCAGACUGUUUAUAACUUUAAGUUUGUUUUUUGCUGUAGGCGAUAGAAGACGGGUGUCUUGAUGAGAUGGAGGAGAGACAGAAAAGUAAGAAAGCAAGAAAACGGAAACGACACGAUGACGAUGGUGAAACAUCCAGCCAGAAAGUAAGACAAUUUGAUAAUCACACUGUUACUGAGCCCCAGGGGUGGUCCUUUGGUAAGGCCUAGCACUCGGUAGCCCUAGUUAUACCAGGGUUAUACGGGUACGGUGAAGACAUCUGGAUGCAGGAUGGUGUAUGAAGUUUGCGAUAGUAAUAGUUUUUGGUUCAUAUAACCAGGGCGAGGUGAAUCAAGAAGUCAAUUUUUUUUGGUCUCGGCAAAACUGCUUGUAAAAUUAAUGCUUGUCUACUUAUGUGGAGUCACUACAGCAAUAAAAUCCACCUUGACAAAAUCCCCGCCGACAAAAUUCCCAGCGACCAAACAUCCGACAACAAUAUCCCCAUAUAAUACAGAAUUAAUAGCACCAUUUACUCGGAUUUUCUGCCCCAAACGUAACAUAUUGAUUCACUAAAGCAUUCCCCGCAUGCCUAUACAGUUUAAGUGUUCUUCAGAGGCGGGCGAUGCUGCGCGGUCUCGGUCAAAUUACUUUUCCUCUUAAUUUGGUGAUGGUAAUGGUUUAUUAAUCACAUUUCAAUAGCAAAGUACAGUAUAUAGCUAAAUUAUUAUGUGUUUACAGGAUUAUGAAGAGUAAAAUACAAAACUCUUAAAAUCCUCCAAAUACAAAACUCUUUCCACGUUUUUAUAUACAAAUUCUAUUAUAUACAUCUGGCUUAAAGCCAUCAUUCAAGAAAUCAAGCCAAUGACAAUUAUCGUCCCGUGAUAAGGUGUAGACGUUUAUGAUCAGAUAUAUUUUCUAAAUCAUUCUCGCUGUACACAUUUGCACCUUACCAUACAGACGAAUACGUUACGACAGAUCAAUCUAAACCUUUCUUACCAGUGAACGUACUAUACGACUUACGCCAGCCUGAUUACGUUGCUGCUACGAAAAUUGCACUCCUGUCUACAUAAUUAGGAUAGUACAAGUUACAAUAUUUUAUUGUAUAGUACAAGUUACAACAUUUUAUGUUUUAUUACAGUCGUCAAAGAAGAAACGUGGUCGCCCGACAGUAGACAAAGGUAUUUUGCAAGUCGUAGAACUUGUAUAUGUCACGCCAAAACCAUUUCCGUCAUUUCGUGCAAAAUAAAUUACACUUAGGCAGUUACACGAUACUGGAUUCGUAUCUGAGCGACAUCAAUUUAAGGUGUUUUCCAAUCUUAUCUGCUCUUACAACUUUUCAUAUUUGAAGACUUUGUUUAAUUAUGUUAUAUUAUCAUAAUUUUAAGUGCCAAAUUCACCUCGAAGCAGUAAAAUUUGAUGUUGCUCCGAUGCGAAUCCGGUAUCGUGCAACAGGGGGCCAUAGGCAGAUUAUUUAGCCAUUCCGAAGUUGAUGAGUGGACUGGGGACGAGUGUUAAAAAGUGCCCAAAUUAAGAAAUGAACCAAAUCACUAAAAAGACCACCUCAACAUUAGUAAGUAUACGAAGUUUGAAGACGUUUACAUCAAUAUCCAUCGAAUAAUAAGCUUUCGAAAAGCGUGGUAUUUACUAUGAAAUGUAUUGUAAUUUUUGUUUUGGGGACGCGCGUCCCAAAAACAAUCUUUUAAUCAGUAAUUUCACGAUUUUCGAAAGCUUAUUAUUCAAAGGGUAUUCAUGUAAACGUCUUCAAACUUUGUAUACUUACUAAUUUUGAGGUGGUCUUUUUAGUUAUUUGGUUCAUUUCUUAAUUUGGGCACUUUUUAAGACUCGUCACCAGUCCUCUCAUCAACUUCGGAAUGGCUAAUUAGGGACCGUUGGAGAAUCUGUCUCAUUCACUUGGGAAUUCACAUCGUUAGCUUUGCUUGUCAUGGGUCCAGUCUGAACGCGAAUGUGGAAAUCGUGCAAAUUUGGGCACGGUUCAUGAAGAACAAUAAAUAUCGACAUUUUGACAGGAACAAGACACUGCUUUCAGUACUGUAGUAAAAUGUACAGUAAGUAAGGUUCAUAUGUUAAUUUGGGCUUUUUUUUCUUUCAGUAAAAUUGUCACCAAUUGCUGCAGAGUUGAAGAAAAAGAUGAAGAAAAUUAUGAAAUAUAUUAUUCAUUACAGAGACGAGUAAGAUUUCAUAUUUCCUUGUCAAUCACGUAGUUUAGAGAAUAUAAUAAUUUAUUUAAUAAAUCACGAUAUACCAACUUAGUAGUUGUCAACAUUCCCUGUGAACCUGGAAUACCCAAGGAAACACAUCAUUUCAGCAGGACUAGGCUAACUCUUUCCACUUGAAUGUUUUUGUCAGGAGUGCAUGAGAAUCGAUUCCAGGACUUCAGGAUGAACUUUUAAACAAACAUUGUUUGUGCCAUUGAAAAUUGAAGUAUAAAUUGAUUGAAAUCUAUAUCUUUUCGCUGUCAUAUAAAAUGUAAUACUCUUCUAUUUCUUCACUAGCGAUGACCGUCCAUUAGCAGAUAUCUUCACCGUGUUACCAUCAAAGAAGGAUUUGCCAGACUACUAUCAAAUCAUCAAACAGCCAGUUGAUAUUAAAAAGAUUAAAGUAAGCGCAUGCGAUAAAUAAACAAAUAUUUUAAUGGGGUAGUCAGUGUGAUGAUGAUCAGAUAUCAGCGUGCGUGUUUAAAUAAAGUUUUUACCUACCUACCUACCUACCAGCCGUGGUGUAGAUAUUGAAUACGGUUGGGUUUUGUAGAUGGAAAUUUCGAGUGUUGCGACAAAUGCAACUAUAGGCCCUCUGUCAGGAAUCGAACUUGCGCUCUGCGAUUCCCAUGCAGCGCUCUAACCAAGUGAGCUAUUUGAGAAAAAUUUUGAUAAAUUUACGAAAAUAUUACUGAAAAAUUAUACAAAUUUCGGUAAGUUAGUGAAAAAUGGUAUGUCCGAAAAUCCCGAAAAUAUUAAUUAUUAGCGCCUGAAAAGUCCGUCGGUCGGGUAAAACAAGCUCACCCCCCCCCCAGCCGUAAUACCCAAGUUAUGACCCUGCCAACUGUUACGUUUUCACCUAAGUGUUUUUCGAAUUUGUUUAUACUCAUGGCGUAAGAGUAGUAUACAGCUAUUUCAAUUAAGAUUGUCCCCGGAGCAAAGCGGAAAAGUCGAAUACGAGCGCGAAAGGCUGCUGAGAAUCGCUAAUAAAUUCAUUCAUUUAUUUGCGAUUCCCAGCAGCCUUUCGCGCUCGUAUUCGACUUUUCCGCUUUGCUCGGGGGACAACCUUAAUUGAAAUAGCUGUAUACUGUAUAUAAUCUAGGCGUAAUGUUGUGUUGGGAAUCCCUAAUAUGAAUGUUCCUUUACAAAUAUAUAUUGACAUGAUUCUAUUUGCAUGCUUUAUGAAGGAGAGAAUUAACGGUCAUCGUUAUCGUGCUAUGGACGAUCUUCAAACUGAUUUUAUGUUGAUGUGUAGAAAUGCUCAGACGUACAACAUUGAAGGCUCAAUUGUGAGUUUGUGAUUUAAAGCAUAGUAAUAUAAUGUGAUGUAGUGUAAUGUUACAUAUAUAAGCAUUAGAUUUAAUUUAUGGAUAUAAUAUAUUUUGUAAUAUUGAAAUACAACAUAAAUAAUAUAUUCACAUUAUUUCCCCCACCCGGCCUAUUAAGAUUACAGUGUGAACAUUUCCUACAUAUGUAUUUCACAUAAAUAAUAGCGAGGUUCAGUUUUGACUUCCACUACCGCUACCAUAAACUAAUCAGAUGCGGUCAAUCUACCCGAUUCACCAAUCAGAUGUCAGUAGCGGUGACAGAAGUCAAAUCCGAAGCUGUCUCUUACCAACCAAGCAGGAGAUUUAAUGUUAAUCACGUGAACUCAAAUCGCGUUUAAAACGUUUCAUUUUUUGUGCCAACAAUUUUUGAUGUGGUUGCAAAACUAAAAUCCCUUUCUCCUAAAAAAGUAAUGUGCUGAAUAAAUUAGAAGGCACUUAAUUAAUGUGAUGAGGCUAAUAUGCUUUUAUGCAAUUUGUUUAGAUUUACGACGAUUCGAUAGCCUUACAGGUAAAUGAGAAUUAACGAGCCGUAUUUAUACAGUGAUAUAGAUGUUAAUUGACGGCCAUUUUGUAUUUCGUAGUCACUCUUCUUUCACGUCCGCGAGAAAGUUGAAGCAGGUGAAGAACUGGUGACGAAUAAAUCAACAAACAGUGACAAGGAAGACGAAGACGACGAUGAGGAGGUAUGUUUUAAUACUUGGUAAAAUGUUUAUAGACAUAACCUUCUCUUGUUUUGCGAAGUUUCAUGAAAACGUUUCAAUAUUGUGAUGAGUUGUAAAAAUUCAAACGAGCCACUCGCAAACUUUACAGUUUCAUAUACACGGGCUUAAACUUCCGUGAUAUAAAAACCCAGAGCCAAGAGAAAAACAAAUUAAAGACAUUGGCGAUUUUUUGCCGUUCCGGUCUGGAUUAAGCAUUUUUAAUAAAAUCGUCAAUUUUCUGAAGGUAUUCGCGACGAAUGUGGAGGAAUUUUUAGCUUUGAUGAAAUUUUAGAGACUAGUCGCUGCAGACGUGAUAGCAGAUACAAAUAAGGGACUGACCAUUAGAAAAGUGAUGGGGAGGGGAGGGGGGAUUUUCUAAGAGGCAAUAUAUUUUUUUGUACACCUACUGUAUAGAAGAAUUUUUUUUUUCUCACUUGAUGGCUGGAAAUUUUUUUUAAGUGAAAUUUAUAGGCCUAUCUUCCAAGCUAGGAAUUUUUUUUUGCACUAUGCCUGGGAAGAUUUAUUUUUUCCUAAUUUUUUUUCUGGGAAUAAUUUUUUUUUUUGGUUUUGCCAACAUCACUCUUCUAAUGGUCCGUCCCUAAUGGUGCCAGGAUGACAACGUUGGUUUGCCUUUUUAACCGACAAUUAUGAGAAUUGUAAAUAGAGAAAGAAGAAAAACGAAGACGCUUCAUACAGUCGUUAUUUUCCCUUUCUCGUUACGUUUUCGUCUUCGGUCUAUUGAGCUAGGAAAUGUCGACAGAGAAAUACAUGUAGAUGGGUUUUGUAGAUGGAAAUUUCGAGUUGGAAUUUUAUAUACCGGGUGGCGCAAAAAAAAGUAUAACUGUUUGAUUACAUAUAGCUCAAAGACCAUAAGCAGUAGAACCCAAAAUCGAGUUUCAUUGCAUCCAGCGAUGUCUAACUUAAAUUUUGGUAUACUCGACAGGCAUUUUCGUCCAAGAUUGACUGAGAUAUGAGUGUUUAAACUUUUGUUAGCAAAUUUGAAACGGUCACAAAUUAGCUAAAAACGGCCUAUUAAACUGAUUUUUAGCUAAUUUGUGACCGUUUCAAAAUUGUUAACAAAAGUUUAAACUGUUAUAUCUCAGUUAAUCUUGGACGAAUAUGCCUGUCAAAUAUACCAAAAUUUAAGUUAGAUAUCGCUGGAUGCAAUUAAACUCGAUUUAUGGUUCUACUGCUUAUUGUUUCUGAGUUACAAGUAAUCAAACAGUUGUACUUUUUUUUGCGCCACCCGGUAUUUAUUAGACCUAACCAUGCAGGAGCAGUUGCAGAAGGAGUCGAAGGGCCGCAAGUUCGAUUCCUGUCAGAGGGCCUAUAGUUGCAUUUUUCGCAACUCCCCCUGGUUAUAUGUUUAAUAAAUCUAUAAAAUUCACACUGGACAUUUCCAUCUACAAAGCCAUUCUGCAAUUAUAUCGAGUGUAGAUGCCCAAAAUCCUGAUAGAGACCUAUUCCCACAGUAGACCGUACUGUUUCUUGUACUUGCCCCAAUGGCCUCAUUGUUAUGUGUUUAUUCCUCCUGUUUCGUGCACAGUAGGGCUCAAGAUCAAAGAGAAACAUAUUCGUGCACGAAACAUCGAGGAAUAGCCUUCAUGUGCGCCUGCCAUGUUGAAACAGGCAAACAUGGGAACGUGGUCAUUGGGGCAAAAGUGCAAUAAUUAUCAUAAAGUCGAUUCUUUGGAAGUAAUGUUUAUAUAACUUUAAUCCUGUUUAUGAAGGUUGAAGAGCAAGCUGAAGAGGAAAGUGAUGUGUCAGAUGACGGUAAACAUCUCUAUUUUUUAAUUUUAAGUUUUCGUUUGCUCUACUUCCUAAGUUAUAUAUAUAUAUAUAUAUAUAACUGUACAUCGCACAUUUAUUUGGUAAUAUAUUUUUGUACCUGACCUCCACAGGGUUUCUUGUAAGAAUUUGUGAGUGGGGAUGUCAUUAAAAAAGUGACCUACCUGUAAUUUGGAGAUGGUGAACAGAGAAAGUUCGAACUCAUAUGGAGAUCGGCAGCCCAUAAAAUGUUCAUAAUUUUGAACCUUUGGAUCAUUUAAACUUCCGCUCUAUGUCAAUACGUACGCUGUCAUAAGAUUAUCGAGCCUUAGAAAGACAUUUUCUGAGAAUCCUUAAAUACUCCUCUUUUUCUGUUCUUGCCUUUCUUUUUACUUACAUUUUAUUAAAUAAAAAGGACUCAUCGUUUAGCAGAUGGUGUUUGACUCCUAGCUUAUAUGGUAAGAGGCAUUGCGAGUCCGAAGCAAAAAAGUACUAGAGAAUAAUAGAAUAUGGAAUGAUUAAAAUAGGGUACAAAAUGGAGUAGAUAGAUGAUAGAUCAGGAUGCAAUAUGAUAGAAUAAAGUAGGAUAGGAUAGGAUAGAGCAAAGUAGGGUAUAAUUGAUUAUAGUUGAUUACAAUGUUUUAAACAGUAUUGGGUAGAAUAUGGAUCAGCUAGGAUGUCAGAAAGGUAUAUUUACAUAUGAGAAUACUAGCUGCAAAGAUAUAAAGUAUAGCAUACAAUAAAAUAUAUAAAGAACCGUGUCUUAAUUAAAGAGUUCUAAUUCAAAUAAGAACUUUUAAACAAUCAAAAGAUCGAUUUUACAUUAAUAAUUGCCAUUAACGUAGUUCUCCAAUUAAAAAUUACUUGUAAACAACUGUAUGGUUUAAACGUUAAAGUUGUAAUCUUUUGUUUGUUCAUUUAUAGCUCAUCAAUCAACGUCACAAGACGAAAGUCAGUUAGUCAAUUUAGAACAAACAGUAAAUUGAUAUAUUCAUAACUCCAUUUAAAAACACACUUAACGUUAGGCGUAGUAAUAAAACACUGAAUAUAUGUGGUGAAUAAAACAACUGUAAUUCACUGUGGUGAAUAGAACACUGUAAUAUAUAUAUAACUCUGCAUGAUUUUAUUUAAACUGUAUUAAAACGUAUUUAAUCCGUGUGUUAAAUGGUGCUCUUAAUCAUUAGAGUGUAAGUAGAAAAAAUUCAUUCUUUCUGUUUUUGGAAAACACCACGUACAUGUAUUUAUCAAAAACGUGAAUUAACAUAAAUGGGCUAUUGAAUCAAACCUAAGCUAAAUUAUUUAAAUUAAUGUGAUAUUUUCCAAAACAGAAUUAUAAAUAGAUUAACAGCCUUGUGUAAAAAUACAAAGAACCAGUAAAAACUUAUUUAAUGUUUAAUAAACCAGAAUCAGUGUUUGUAAGCUUUCUUGGUGUUACAGUUCUCUCGUCCAGUCGACUUAUCGAGCGAAUAACAUUAUUUGAACAGGCUCACUCUGGCAACGUUGUUAAUAACAUGGUUCUCUUCAAUCUUGUUAUUCAAUGGACCAUUUGCAUUAUAGACUAAAUUUUGAUCUAGACAAAAAUUUCAUCACAGAAAAUUUCAUCACUUGAAAGAGCAUCACAAAAUUAGUAAUAUUCCAAAGUUUCGUUGCGAAAUGUUGUAAAAUGCGGAUAAUAUACCUUGCGAAGUUUGCCGUUUUUCAGUCAUUUUGUAUUACGCACGGGAAAUUGACAGCCCAAUCGGGUGUUGGGGCAUCAAUUUCCCGUUUGUAAUACAAAAUGACUGAAAACUGCAAAUUUCGCAAGGCUAUAUUAUCCGCAUUUUACAACAUUUCGCAACGAAACUUUGGAAUAUUACUAAUUUUGUGAUACUCGUUCAAGCUGUGAUGAAAUUUUUGUCUGGACUUGUUUAGAUCAAAAUUUAGUCUAUAAUGCAAAUGGGCCAUUGGUACAGUGAUUGUUUUUACAAUACCCCCUUCCGGAAAGUACAUACGUCACUUUGUCCUCAGAGCCUCGUUUUCGUUAAAGUCCAACGUCCCAAUCACGUAAACGAGGCCGGCUAUAGCCAAACCGACGUACUUCCGGAAGCGUGUAUUCUGCCAAAAACAAUGGACAACUUGCAUGUUAGGCUAAAUUUUAAUCUAAGUAACGAGAAGGGAAUCAAACACCACAGUUAAAAAGAACAUAAUGAAAUUAGUAAAAUUGCAUAAUUUGGUUGCGAAAUGUUGUAAAAUACGGAAAAUAUAGCCUUGCGAAGUUUGGACAUUUUCAGUAUAUUUGUAUUACGUACAGAAAUUGUUACCAUUUUCGGCUCAAAAAUGGUAACAAUUUCCGCACGUAAUACAAACAUACUGAAAAAACUUCAAACUUCGCAAGGCUAUAUUUUCUGUAUUUUACAACAUUUCAUAACCAAAUUUUGCAAUUUUACUGAUUUUAAUAAGUUCUUUACGAGAAUUUACUUUUUUGCCUAAAUCAAAAAUUAGUCUAACUUGCAAGUUGCCUAUUCAUACAUAUAUAUCUUUGUUAUAUGCUUUAAGGCUGCAUUCCAGUUACGCGUUUUUCAUACGUGCGUACACGCACCGUACACGCACGUAAAAGUUGAAAUCGCUUUACAUCCUACUUAUGAAAUAACUAAAUUUAUAAAAGGACAGCAUUCAGUUUUGUGUAUGAUUUAAUGUGUAUUUGUUAAGGUUAUUUGCACUUAUAUGAAAUUUUAAGCGAAUUCGACUUUUACGUGCGUAUGAAAAACGCGUAACUGGAAUGCAGCCUUUACUGUCAGCUACAAACACCCAUAUUGGGUGGAACGAUUUAUUAACACGAAGUGAUGAACAGCUUGCUAAGAAAAUUAUAAAAUUAAAAGAAAAUUUAGGUUUAAUAGCAGUAAUUAAAUACAUGCAUGCAUGUAAGUAUAUAUAGUUUUAACACACGACCCUUUGAAAAACAAAAGUUACUUUAGUUGAAUAGUCUAUACCGUGUAUAUAAAUAUCUAUAAAUAAUAAUAAUAAUUAGGGUUUACGGAAAUCGUACAGUACUUUUCUUGUAAAGUAUAUUUCUCGUGAUAUUAAAAAUCUGUAUGUGAUUGCAUUAUGAUAAACUUAAAAUUUAAUAUAAAUGAUUUUUAGACACCACUUUAUCGUCUCUGAAAAUGCGAAUUAAGAUCAGCAAAGAAGAAAAGGUAAGUAAAGGUUUUCUGAGUGCAUGUUGUUUUACAAAGUUGUGCAUGCUUUGCAAUGUGCAUGCUAUUUGUGAAGUUUCUUCCAAACUUUUGCAAGGAUCUGUAUUUAUAUGGUUUGUGAACUACCUAGAAUGGGAAUACUGAACUCGAAAACCUGAUUUCAGCUCGAUACACCCUUCCGGAGAGUAUACGUCAUUUUAGCUAUAGAGCCUCGUUUUCGUGAUUGAGCUGUAAUGUCACAUACUCGAAAACGAGGCUCUAUAAGCAAAGUGACGUACUUUCCGGAAGGGUGCAUUGCAUUGAAGAGCAAAAGAAUGAUUAUACAUAUAUAUUAUGAAUUACUCAUGAUAUGUUAUAUAUAGCUCUGAAUUUCAACAUAGCGUUUGGGAUAUUCUUCGUAAACAUUAUCAUUGAUACAUUUAGGGUUUUUGACAUAGCGUUUGGGAUAUUCUUCGUAAACAUUAUCAUUGGUACAUUUAGGGUUUUUGACAAAGCGUUUGGGAUAUUAUCAUUGGUACAUUUAGGGUCCAACAUUAGUUUGAGGACAGCACACUGUCUCCUGUUCCCCUUUAUCUAUGGCUUUGCCAUUUCCUGGGAAUAUGUUCCCUUCGGCUGUUGUGAGAUGGUCGACCUGAACCAGGCCUUAAAAUAUCUUUUACAAGGCCGUCUGACAAAAUGUCCGGUGACGUUGAGUUUGGGUCGGACAUAUGUCCGAUGACCUUCGGUUCAGUUUUUGCUCGGAAAUAAGUCUGAAUGACACAAUGAAUAAACGGUAAAUGUUGUAAAGAUAUUAAAUAAUUUGUUUCUUUCAUAUUUAUUUCCAAGCCAAAAUUAGCUUGCUUGCCAGAACAGCAGUGUUAAAAAAGACUUCGACAACUUAAGCCCGUUUUCCACUUCACCAUUUCGCUCGCCGCCCCGCGCUCGACUAUGUUAAAACAACAUUUCCAGUUCACCUUUUAUACAAUAGUACUUUGAUUUUCCAUUUAACAUUUUGAUUUACGUCGGACAAAGCUACAGUUCGGUCGGACACCAAUUCACUUGGGUCGGACAAACAAUAAACCUCAGUUUCACUUUGGUCGGACAGAAUGUCCGGUGGUUUCCUCUCUACGUCGGACAAUUUCACGAAUGGGUCGGACAAUGUCCGUGACCGACCGAUAUUUUAAGGCCUGUGAACAUUCUAUAUCGUUCCUAUUUGAAAUGUUAUAAACUUUAUGGUCAAACUGAAUAGUGAGCAACUCAUUAACUAAUUUAAUACUAUAAUUACAGGCAAAGAAACACCAAAGCCAAAUGAAAAAAGUUGGCGAAAGCAGUUCACGACAAGAAGAAAAUUCUGAAGAGGUAUGAAUAUUUGAAUAAUGCUGCAGUGAUCUUUAAAAAUCGUUAUGAAUUAAAAAUCUGUAUUUUCGAGUAGCCUGAUCCGGGUUGCAAGGUGCGGCAAUCAUAAGUAUAUAAGACAUGUAUUUGAUAUUCAAAACUUUCGAGUGGUCGCACUCAGACAAAUUUUGCUUGCAUGACAAUUAGAUGUAAAUGGAGUAUUUCAUAUCUCAUGUCAUAACAGAUUCUUCGUUCGCUACUAUCUAACCAAAGAAUUAGUUAUGACACGUGAUCUGAAAUGGCGAAAUUGCACAGUAUUUGGCACAGGGAGAACACUGCCCUGCCAAAUGUUAUACAAGCCGCCGUUUUCCGUUUUUCUGCGGAGGAAGCUAACUCACUAAGUAUUGAGGGUGCCAAGAUGCAUUCAGUAAAAUUAGGUGGUUCUCAUUUUCUUGGACUAUGAGCAUACAGGUCACGCAAAUUGCACAAUGGAUAUAAACAUUAGAGAGAUUCAGAUUUGACUACCACUACGGCCAAUUUUUAAAAGCUUAAUACGAAUUUGAUUGGUUAUUAUUGGGUAGAUUAAAUGCAUCUUAUUGAUUAAUGUUAACGGUAGCCGUAAGUAGUAAAGGGAAGAGGUAAAGUAAAAAGUCAGUAAAGGCAAAACGAAACCGUCCGCGAUAAAUUUGGUCAGCGACAGUUUUCGAUAGUUUUCCCACCUGUUGUCGAUGAGGGGUUGAUGAGAAGUCGAUGUGGGGCAUUGGUAUCUAGGCACAAAAGCCGUACCAAAAGUAACAGCGUCUUUAACUACCAAGCCCUAUCUGGAAUUCAACUUCCGCCAUAAAUUUUCUUUAUUGGUCGUGAGUUAUGAUAUUUAUUUCGUGCGCACACCCCUAGUGCACCCCGAUGAUGUCAUCAUCUCAGAUGAUGGUUGAACACUAUAAAUUACUUUCACACUUUAGUGCGCACACCCCUUAGUGAGCACACCCCUUAGUGCGCACACCCCUUAGUGCACACGCCCCUUAGUGCGCACAUCCCUUAGUGCGCACAUCCCUUAGUGCGCACACCCCUUAGUGCGCACAUCCCUUAGUGCGCACAUCGCUUAGUGCGCACAUCCCUUAGUGCGCACAUCUCUUCUUGCGCACAUCUCUUCUUGCGCACAUCUCUUAGUGCGCACAUCUCUUCUUGCGCACACCCCUUAGUGCGCACAUCUCUUCUUGCGCACAUCCCUUAGUGCGCACACCCUUAGUGCGCACACCCCUUAGUGCGCACACCCCUUAGUGCGCACACCCCUUAGUGCACACACCCCUUAGUGCGCACAUCUCUUCUUGCGCACACCCCUUAGUGCGCACACCCCUUAGUGCGCACACCCCUUAGUGCGCACACCCCUUAGUGCGCACAUCUCUUCUUGCGCACAUCCCUUAGUGCGCACACCCCUUAGUGUGCACAUCCCUUAGUGCGCACAUCCCUUAGUGCGCACACCCCUUAAUGCGCACACCCCUUAGUGCACACACCCCUUAGUACACACACCCCUUAGUGCACACACCCUUAGUGCGCACAUCCCUUAGUGCGCACAUCCCUUAGUUCGCACAUCCCUUAGUGCGCACAUCCCUUAGUGCGCACAUCCCUUAGUUCGCAUAUCCCUUAGUGCGCACAUCCUUAGUGCGCACAUCCCUUAGUUCGCACAUCCCUUAGUGCGCACAUCCCUUAGUGCGCACAUCCCUUCUUGCGCACAUCCCUUCUUGAGCACAUCCCUUAGUGCGCAUACCCCUUAGUGCGCACAUCUCUUCUUGCGCACAUCCCUUAGUGCGCACACCCCUUAGUGUGCACACCCCUUAGUGCGCACACCCCUUAGUGCGCACACCCCUUAGUGCGCACACCCCUCGUGCGCAUACCCUUGGUACAAUGACGUCAUAUGGCGGGACAAUACGGUAUACAAAGGGUUGUAUGUACGCUGAUGACGUACAGAACCCCUCUUCCCUUUACUACUGCCGUAGUGGAAGUCGAAAUCUGAACCUCGUUUCGUGCGUUUAUGCUGUAAUAAUGCUCUCGGGGAAUGUUGGGGGAAUACUCGAGAAGCGUGUAAAACACUCGGCAACGCCUCGUGUUUUACACGCUUCUCUCGUAUUCUCCCAACAUUCCCCUCAUGCAUUAUCACACCAUAAAUGCACGCGACUUGUUUUCUAUUACUUAAAUAAAUCCUCUUAACGUCGCUUAUAUUAUUCACGAGUAUUGCCGCAUUUUUUCUUGGACAACAAUAUCUUCAAUUGUAGAAAGAAUUUUAAUACUGAUAGCCUAAAGAGUUAACCCCAGCUCAGAGCCGAGCAAAGCAAGUGAUGGGUUUGCCUAAACAACUAGAACUGCCUGUGCCAGUGUAGGUAGUCCCAAUAAUAAGAAAGCUGCGGAUUGAUAUAGAUAUACAACUACCUGAAAAUACAAGGAGAAGGUAGUUGUACCCUAUUAAUUAAAGUUGGGUGGUAUAACGUAUUGGCAGAUAGUUGUAUCCCUAUAAAAAAAAUACCUAAAGAAAAUUGGAAGGAAUUCUUACAGUUCCGAAACUUUAUUCGCAACAUGAAAAUAAACGAAGCUUCGAUUAACUAUUUGCUAUUUCGCGAGACAAAUAGUGUGUUUGCUUCUCGUUUGUGGACUUUUCUUCAUUUCUGGCAGCUUAAAUAAAAAGAUAAACCACUGAUAGCCACCGAUACCGGUAUAUUUUAUUGUAUACCGUAAUAACGGUAUACCGGUAUAGCGUCAAAACCCAUACCGGUUUCAACUAAAUACCGUGAAUACCGGUAUACCACCCAACUUUACUAUCAAUCUACAGCUUUCUUAUUACCUGAGCAGCGCUUUUAUCCUAACAUAUUCUAACUCGUUCGACCGUUAGUGCAACCUUUGAGCAAUAGUGACAGACUGUACUCAGCCUUGCAUACUAACGAGAUUCCUCUCAUUAGUCGGAUAUUUAAUGACUCUCGCUCGCCCUGAAAACUAGAAUAUAUAGUCUGUUCACACGUGUUAGUUAAAUUUUUGUAUCCAAAUAAAGAAUUUUAUAAACGAUGAAGUGACAACUAGACAACUUUUUGCUCCCAAAGUCAAAGCCGUGCUAGCUAUAGGCGAUUCCAGCUUUUAGUUUAUGCGUGCAGGGGGUGAUGGGAAGUAAGAUAUCAUAUUGCUGAUUAUGCUGAAAAAAUAAAAAUGGUGGUCGUGUAAACACGGAGUGAUAGCUUAUACUUGUAAAUAUUGAAAUAUUUCGGUUGUUUCGGCAGUUUUUAUUGAAAUUUUUCAGCAUAAUCAGCAAUAUGAUACCUUACUUCCCAUCAUCCCCUGCGCGCAUAAAUUAAAAACUGGAAUUGCCUAUUGAAAAUUGCCAAAUAGCAAACCAAUAAAUGCUUUGAGAGAGCUGCGGAUGCAUGGGGAGAGGUACAACAUCCUGAAAACUAUACAGGGUGUCUAAAAAAACGCUAUGGAAAUUCAACAGGCUGUCGUGCAACAAACCUUGCUAAAUUUCUCAUCGUUACGAUUUAAAAAGAGUAUCAUUGAAAAGCUAAAUAACUGUUCUUUCGUCUUAUGUAAAAAUUGAAUUGUUUAGCUACGUUUAUGAUGCACGACAGCCUGUUGAAUUUUCUUAGCGUUUUUUUAGACACCCUGUAAAAGCAGAAUUUCGACGUUUCGAGCGAAUUAAGGCCCUUCGUCGGGUAGUUAGUAACAUGGACUUGCCAGAGGCCCGUCCACCCGUCUUUUGGACGGAUACUUGUGAAUGUGGACGGGAUGUUAAAACUCUAGCAUUUUGUCUGUAGUAAUUAGUAGUAAUAUGCAUAUUCAUAAUCUGUAGUAAUAUGCAUAUUCAUUCAACAGUCACUGCACAUCCCAGCACAUAAAUCCAGAAGCAAACAAGCUACAAUUUCCUAUGUAUUUGAAAUAUUGAGUAUUUUAGGCUGAUUUUAAGAAGAACUUCGGCGAUUAUGUUAGUGAGGUCAACCAAGCUGUUUAGUCUUGAAUUUUGAGUACAGCUUUACAUGUGUUCUUUUGACUGCUAAGAAUUACGUUUUUAGAAGAUAAAGAUUAAAGAUCUGAUUUCAAAAUUAUUCCAAGAGAAAGAAACAUUUUUUUGAGGGGGGGGCAGACUUGUGCUUGUUCUGGCUAAGUCAGGCGCUUUUAAUUGUACACGCAGUCGCGUGAAGAACACGCGCCAUGCGUCCGACCGCGAAAUCCCACGAAGUCGCGUCGGUGAGGCGUGAGUCAGUUGGAGCCUGGGACGAGGCUGAUAGACUACUAACUUCCAAUCUCGUUCCCCGAGCCUGCGAUCCUCGGGAAGGAACGCGAGGCUCUGGGAUAAUCCGUUUCAGGGAGGAAUCUGAUUGGCCGUUGAAAUGAAUGCGUAGUUCAAUCUUAGCCAGAAUUCCUGGCUUCCGGCAACGGAUUAUCCCAGAGCCUCGCGUUCUUUCCCGAGGAUCGCAGGCUCAGGGAACGAGAUUGACUAACCUCCAGACAAAGAGCCGUCGCUGGAAAUUCGCAAUUCUGCAUGUAUUUUUUAGGAUGUUGUAUCUCUCUCAAUCCACAUCUGUCUUGUUAUCCUGGUACAGACCGUUCGACAAUAAAUGCUUUGCCAAAUAACAACGAAAUUAUACCAGCCAAUAUGCGAACUAAAUUUACCGUGUAAUUUUAUCUAACUCCUUGUUACUCUGCCUUGUUGUUAGGUGGAGUCUGAAGGUGAAUCGGAUACAUCAUAACAAGUACAACAUGCAUGAAAGCUGGAAAAUGGGUAUACACAAUAAUUCAAUUAACGUUGUCCUCUGAAGGUCAAAACUCGCAACCGGCAAAACCUACCUCAUAUAGCGCGAUGGACGUAAUGCUUCUAAUUUUCGUAAACAACAUUUAUGCCCUUAUUCAUGCUCGAUUACAUAUGUACAUCUAGUGCAUUAUUGAGACUGUACUUUUGGCGCUCAGGGGAAAAGGGCAACCUUAAUUGAAUUAGCUGUAUGUAUUCUUAAUCGGUUAACAGUUAACAAUGCUUAUUGAACGCAAACCACAAAACAUAUCAUGGACGUGCAGAGUUUUGUGGCUAAGUGGUUAUAUUGUAUUUCUUGCAAUGUCUUAAAUAGAUAAAUUCAAAAGUGUUGAAGAAUAGUCGAAUUGAGAGAUAGUGAUGGUAUAUGCACUCUUUGCUAUAGCUACCUAUUGUCCUAUAGGAGAAACAUAGACAUAGACAUAGUUAAUAUUACUACUUAAUAUCGUUAUAUGCCUAUACGUUCAAAGGGUAUUCAAUUCUCUAGGUAAAUUAUUGCACAAUUAAUCUAACGGCGUUAUUUACCCUGGACUGCUCUAGCAAUUCCAAACUGUUCCCAGUAGAGGUCCAUGCAGUAAGAACCAUUCCUCACAUGCACAGUUUCAAAAUGAAACUGAGUACACAGGGUUUAAUUCGGUUAACCUGUAGUUUGAUCGAGACUGUAUCUAAUCAGAGAUGAAACUGCGCAGUGCGCAUUACAGGGAGGAAAGACGUAUGUUGUAACUUGUAACGAUUGCGCCAUGCAUGCAUCACCCUACAUGACAAGUAUAUACAUUAGAUAAACACCUGGAAGUACUUAAAUUGCCGCAAAGUAGUACGGAAACUUGAUAAGAUAAUUCCGUUUAGUAGUAAAAUAUUGUAAACAUGAGAUUUGUACAAAUUAUUGAUUUUUUUGAUAAGAUAAGAAUUGGAAAAACAAUUAGUUGCCACAACACUUAUGAUAAGUGCAUGACUGCAUCCACUGUAGAGUAUGAAUAGGAAUUGCUAUUCAGUAUAUAUCAAUGUAGAUUAUAAAAACAGCUGAAGUAAUUAUAUAUAAGCUAGACAACUUCAAUGACCUCGUAAAUGAAUGUGCCUUGUUUCCUUUCAAGAUAAGCUUAAAUAAACAACUUAUAGAAUGAGGAUGAUUUCUGUGCCAAAACUAGAUCGAAAAUGUUUGACAUGACAUAACAUGCAUGACAGAUGUCUAUCGAUUUCCAGAUGUAUAUACAAGAGCGACGUGACUUCCCAAAAUAAGUUCGAGCGACGUUUUGGAAACCCUCGAGGAAAAUUUAUAUUUUCGUCCAGUUUGGUAAAUUGAAAUUGACCAUAUCUUUCAAGAUAUCCUAAAAAUGAUACCCACUCAUGCAUGAUACUCAAUAUGCAGUGAUGAGUGGCAAUUACUAUUGUUUAAUUAAUGGCAAAUUUUUUUUUACAUCUUUAUUAAUCACUAGUACAAUUAGAUUUCGCCAAUUUUAAUUAUAGUAAUAAUAUACAUAAAAAUGUUACUCGACUGUGAUUGGUUGAUUUCAGUGCAGUUAAUCUCAAACAGCAGUGCAAAAAUCUGUAACAAACUGAUCUGAUUGGUGGAAAAACAAUGGGAUCUUAAAACAGUCCUCAUGCAUGUAACGAUCACAGAUUGCUUCCAAACAAAGUAAAAGUUGAGUUCGGGUGGAAAAUAUGGCUUUUAUCUUUUUUUAAUGGAAAAUACUUUACCUUAUUUAAACAAGACUAUAACGAAACGUACAUAUAGUUGAGUGAAAUUUUCAAGCGUUAUAGCGUUGUAUGAUGUGAUAUAACAAAGCAGUGAACGGUUCGCUAUAAACUUGUCGAAGUUAAAACUACAACUGCAUGUCUUGAAGAUUUUCAUGUAGAUUAUUAAUACGUAUAAUAGGAUGGUUUCUCGUGAAAUUCGGAUAAAACAAGCACUUUGAAAAACUCGCUCGUACAUGCAUGUUUUAUCCAAAUUGCACUCGAAACCAUCCUAUUCCUAUAUAUACUAAUAGGCUAGUAUAGUAGUAAUCAGUAAAUGGUGAAACAUUUAACCAGUACAAGUGGAAAAAUUACUGUUUGUCAGUUAAUUUAGACAUAGGGGCUUGGGGCUUAGACUUAAACAGUCCGCUAAAAAUAUGGAACUGCAACAUCAAGUGAUGCCAAUUUUUCGUUCUAAAUUUCGCGUAGGGUCUUGCAUGCACAUGCAUGGGAUAUACCUACAAGACACUGCAAGACGACUUUCAUAUAGAGUUCACCGCGUGAAACAAGCUACUAAUCACUUGCUAC